GUUCAAAAUGGUGCUGCGGAGGCUCUUUUAUGCUUUGAUCAAUAACGCUCAAGUGGUGGAGAAGCUCUCGGAGUCUCGACCCAUCAGACGUGCGGCGCAGAUCACAGCCUUCGCCAUCACUAAAGCACAGAUCGCCGGGAAAGACGCCUCGACCAGGCUCCUCAGAUCCGACACUUUUCGCCAGAUACGCGACGAGACGUCGAAGAUGCCCAGAGAUGUGUUAGAUUUUGGUCGGAGAGCUACAAGACUGCGGGAUACAUUUGUGAAGGAGGUGAAAGAGGGCAUGAGAGACGCCAACAGACAGAUAAAAGACAGAAAGUGAUAAACUGAUGAAUGAUUGAACCUUUUAUUAAUCACGUUAUUACAGUGCCAUUCGUGAAUAUGAGGACAGCGUCAUUAAAGACUCCAUUUAGAAAGUUAAACUGUAAGACUUGGGGUUAAUGGCCCUCAAUUCAUUAAAUUAAAACCACUGUUAA